AUGUCAAUCUCUAGUAUAGCGGACCUAGAUUCUCGGAGAGCCUCCGAAGAUAUGGGGUCCUUUGCACUAAGACCAAGUUAUAAGCAAAAAUUUAGACCCAAUAAAGCCCAAGAGAUUAUGCAGAAGAUUCUUCACGACAGACUCAACUCUGCCAUGUAUCAUAAAGAUCAGGCGCCUGGGUGGGCUACUGAGAUCGCUGAGGAGAUCAAGAAGGAGUUGCUGGAUUUAAAGUUGCAUCGAUAUAAAUAUGUCGUGAAUGUAACAAUAAUGAGUAAGGUGGGUGAAGGUGCAAGGAUGCAGUGCAAAUGUUAUUGGGACGCGGAAACAGAUAGUAUGGCAACAGAAAGUUUUUCUAACGUGGGAUUCACUUGUAUGCGUAGCGGUCGCAUUUGCUGUCUACUUCUACUAAAAGUAGAGUACACCGCAAAAGAAUGUAGAGAAUUCAGAGAUAAUUCUAUCAGAGUCCUAACCAAUGGUUACGUUGUAUGGUUAGUAGCGGGCAUCCGCUGCAAGAAUCAUUCGACAUUAGUGGUACUAUUAGGAGCUGUAUUUAGUUGA